AUGGCCUCAGUAAGUGGGGAAUGGAAGAAUCCUAGUGACAUCAUGAAGAAACAUCUGCUACAAAGGACUUCAUCCUUCAACCUCACAAAGACCAAAUCCGCAUCUGGUGGCUUCAGCAGGCGACACUCAUUCACUCUACACUCUUCCAACAGUCAGAAGAGUCCAGCACCUCACAGCAAUAAUUCCCCGUGUGAUACAUCAACCUGUUCCCCAGGCACAGUGUCCCAGAAACGUAAAAAUCCUUUUGGCUGUGACGCAGCAAACCUCAGUAAACGCAGAUCUGUCCUGGAUCGGACUGUCACUGUCGAACAUUCUAGUGGUUCUAGUGAUGAUUUUUUAAUUAGUGCCACAGUUCUAUGUGAUACAUCUACGUCUGACGCUGACUUAGAUCAAGAUACGAGCUCUUCAACUAAUUGCCAGCAAAAUAAACUUAUUCGUGCACUCACUUUGCAGGAGCAGAAGGAUUACUUUACCACAUCACUAAAGACUGAGACAGAAGAAAGCAGACCUAGUGCAGAGAAGACUCUCAAUGCCAGACAGCUUUGUGAUGUUUUAAAAGAGAAGCCGGUGUCUUCCAAUGUGGAGGCAGCAAGAAGCAAAACUGAGCAGGUUCAGGUUUUCCCUAGCCCGCCAGUUGAUUGGAGCCUCAAGUCAAAAGCUCGAGUUCUUGUCCAUGGCAGCAUUGAUUCUUUUAAGAAGUAUCCGGGCAUUGAUGCCAAGAACGUGCAUAGUUUUGUGCAUCAUACAUUAGAUGGCAGUCUGGAGUGGCAGGACCUUGAUGUUUUGCAGCAAAUAAAACGCUGUUGCAUGCAUUACAGUUACCCAUACCUGCCCUGGGUUCCCACAUUUCCCAGACUAUCAUCAGAUUUCAAAUCUAGGUCAACCUCUUUGUUUGCCAACAGCAAAGAUGUUUUGGAUAGUUUGCAGAGAGACUGGUCCAACACGUUGACGUCUGUGUACCAACAGCUGCGAGCCGGUUUGUGUCCCUACUUUUACGUGUGUGCCUAUCAGUUCAGUGUCUUGUUUCGAUGCUUGAGGUCAGCUGACAGUACAUCAUGGUCUGCUCUCUUGUCUCCGUCCACUCGAGGUCUCCGGGAGAUGCUCACCAAGGAAGGAAUUCAGUUUCGGCUGCCCAACAUCAGGACCACAAAGUACAGGAAAAACCACAAACAGGAAGACACGGAGAAGGCCAGCAGCAGUGACAACAGUCAGGUCUCAAGUGCUCAGUCUCUCCAUUCAGUGCAUGAUGAUUGUGCAGAAAAUGAGAACUCACAGAAAGAGAACACCAACAGUGGAGUCCGUGUGACCAGCCCAGAUGACUCCAGCGAUGAUGACAAUGACAUUCGGGAUGACGACGAAGCCUCUCAGUGGCUGGAGGUCAUGGGCUUGGACAAGAGAGACUUCCCUUCACUGGAGCCAUUUAAAGUUAAACUACAGCGUGAGGGUUUUAGAGAAAUCGACAACAGGCCUCAAUCUAUGGUUUAUGUGGAAGGAGUGGAUGUUCACUCAUUCUUUAACUUCCUGUUGAACUACCCAUGUAUAGCCAGCAGUGGGCCUCAGCACGGCAUCCCUCCAACAAUCCUCUCGCCAGUUCCAUUUGUUGGAGGCAGAUUGGUGCAGAAUGUGGUCAAGCAUACAACACUAAACAGUCGAGUGCCAGCUGCAAGUGGCCAGUUAAACAAUCUGGAAAAUAAAAGCACGCACGUGUUUGAAAUAUCUGGCCCUAUUCUUCCCCAUCACGCUCUCAAUAUGGCAGCAGUGUUACGCAACAGUUGUGAGUGUGAUUCGGCCUCUCUCUCCUUCAGCACCUAUGCUCCAAGUGCUGCCUUCAACACACAAACUGUCAGCGACGCAGAAAAAGACAAACUGGCAAGUGGCCUUAGCAAACUGUUUGUUGAUAUUUCACAGGCAAAUGCUGGCCUGUUACAGGAGGUUAGAAAUCAGAUUUUGGCUUCUCCUCUUUUAGAAACUGGUGCGGCUAUACGAGACAUGCACGUCACAAAGUCAGGUUUUUCUUGGAUAUGUUGA